AUGGCAAACACGGAUAUCGUGCUGAAUAAAGCUGUCAGUGAGGUUAAGCCCAUCAAAUGUGUCAGUACGCCAACGGCGGAAACCGAGACGCAACUAGGUAUGGUCGGUUAUCCAGGCGAUCUCGGCAGCGGAAAUUUCAUAUCGACGAGUACGAAGUCAGGCUCACCUGUUCUGAUGAACGAUGCGUCCACUGCAGUUCAUGUCGGGUUUGGCUUUCCCAACAUUGAUUCUGUUGUCGGCCCGGCUGAUAACAAGCUCGCUGAAUACAUCCUUGCUUUAGCAGUAAUCAGUGGAGAGAAGUCUGUCCAUGCUGUCAAAUUGGCCAUCAAGACAGAAUAUAAUUUUUUUGCCACAGGCUUCUAUCUUGUACGAGUGGAACCGGGAGCGCUCAAGAAAAGCGCUGAAAGCAUGACUGACUUGACUGGGCACGCAUUGGCGUCCGACAUGUAUGAUGAAGACAACAGCGAAAGCCGUGAUACUGACGAGGAUGAGGACAGCGAAAGUGCUCCUGAAUCCGGCGACGGGAAGUCGCUACUCAAAAAACAAAUUGGCAGUCUCUGGGGGCGCCAUCCAGCAAAACACAGGGAACAGUUCAACAAGCUCUCUGUGAUGCAUUUCCCGGAAAGGCUUGUGCUCGAAGAGUCCGAUGAUCAGACGACCUUCUUCGUUGGCUUUCCUCCCAGUAACCUCGAUACCCAUGGCACAGAAAAGUUGAAGGAGCUAUGA